UGUUUCACUCUUGCGACAUGCAUGACUUCUUCCCGGAUGCCCCUGUCCAUCCCAAGGAGCCAGACGAUCCCUUCGCUGUGCACGAAGUGCAUGAUGAAGCUGAGUACUGCGUGCUUUCAGUAGCACUCUUGUCUGGUAGUGUGCACGACGUGGAGUGCAAUAGAUUUGGGAGUGUGGCAGAGCUGCGUUGCCUUCUUGAAAGGAAGCUGCACUUGUCUCCUUUGCAGGGCACCCGUCUCUUCGACGACCAGGGCCAGCCAGCUUGGGACCAUCUUUCCAUUGAGGAGCUCCGUGGCCGGGACAACGCCGCGGCCGCAUUGACCGCGGUGGUGGUGAAGCGCCCCUGCUUCGCGGCCGAGGCCCCGGAGGAUUUCAGCUGCCUGUCGGUGGAGGGCUUCGGCAAUAUGUGCAAUCGCUACAUGGAGAUAUCGGCCUGUGGGCAGUUUGCGACCAACCACAAGCAGGAGGAUAGUCGUGCUGAGCUGCUCCCUGUUUUCGGACGGCAAGAUCUUCCAGUGACUCUCAGAGUGAUGAUGCCUGACAGUGAUGGCUAUGCACAUUUCCUCUAUGUUCGAAGCGGAGACAACGUGCUGGCGCUGGAAGCGAAUAAGCGUGGACUCUAUUCGAUCUAUAUCAGCCAGGAUAUUGUUGAGCUGCAGUCAAGUGCCGGUCCCAUCACAAAGAGUUUUCCCUCAAGUAUCAACCUGGACGACAACCCUUUGCGCUGUGGUGUUUACUUGUACAGAGCGAGUGUGGUUGAGCUACGAACAGAGCUCAAUCGCUCGCCCAGCAAAAGUUUGCAGGACAGAGUUGAUCCGAAUGAUUCGAAAGGAGCUGUUGAGGAUGAGGCCGUUGAGGCUGUUGAGGCUGUUGAGUGUUGAACGAUCCAACAUGAUCCAACCAUCCCGCUGUAGC